AUCAAAACAAGAUGGCGCUGCCCAGUUGAAAAUUUCGGUGCUCUGAAUUUUUUUUUGAUUUUCUGCCUCUGAACUUCGUAAGUUGCUUCCUAGUUUGACGUAUCUUCAGAGGGCUUGAAGAAGAGAAACUAUGGACGCCAGAGGAAAGGCCAUUCGCGUAAAUGCGGCGUCGAUUGUUGACUUGAAAGCAGAACUGAUAAGAAAGCAGGGAGAGUUCAAGAAAGAGAAGCUGCAGCCUUCAACAACAGCAAAACCAAAAGUGUCCAACAAACAGAAAAGCGGUAUCUUCAGUAAGUCUAACGCAGGUGUGAGUGAGAGGUCCCAGAGAGAUGUCGAACAACUGGCUGAGGAGAAGAAAAACUAUGACAAGGCCAGAGCUGCAUUAGAAGAAAAGGCCAAACUGUAUGACCAGAUGAUGAAGGGUAACACAAUACCAGAUGAAGACGGCAGUGGAGUCUUCCUGGUUGACUUUCAGAAGAAAGUUCUAGACAAGGUCAAGGCACAGGCCAGAGAGGAUGCUGGGAAAGGUGAAAGGUCAGCAGAAGAGGAUGCUGGGAGUGAUGACAUUCCAGAACCAUCUGACCCAGAGGAAGAAUGGGUAGACUAUGUGGACUCCCUGGGACGGUCUCGCCGCUGUAUGAAGAAAGACUUGGCUGCUCUACAGGACAUGGACAGGAAACUGGGUCCUAACAACAGUCAGGGGAGUAAGGACUUAAUGUCAGCUGACAUGAUCAGGGAGGAACAGAGACAAAAGUGGGAGCAGGAAGAACAGGAGGCCCUGAGUCGGCCUGUAGGGCCUGUACACUACCAACAGGUCCGACAUAACGAGGUGCGAGAUUUAGGUGUUGGCUACUACGCCUUCAGCAAGGAAGAGACAGAGAGACAGAAACAGAUGGAAACCCUGAGUAUGCUCCGGGAGGAGACCCAGGACCAGAGGUUGAAGAGAGAGAAGUUAAAAGAGAAGAGAAAAGCAACUCUUCAGGCCAGACUGGCUAAGGUGAAACAGAGGAAGGCAAAGAGACUGAAGGGGGAGGGGGGCGAGGUGGAGGAUGAAGGUCAAGAAGACAGUCCUGACCUUGUUGCUGAACCACAGGACCAGGAGGCACAGAAGGCAGCUGCACCUGAACCUCUGCAGAGAGAUGAGACCUGGAGACAGUCUGCACCUCUCAGGGAGUGGGAUAAGGGAAAAGAGAGACAUUUUCCAUGGAUUAAAACAAAAGAAGAACUUGAAGAUGAGAGGCCAUCGGAGUUUGCACCACCAAAAGAGUACUACCAGUCCUCCCCAUCCCAACAACAGACUCUGCCACAAAAGAGGAAAGUUCCCUGGAAAAAGAGACCAGAAAAUUCAAAUAUUCCACCAACUGAUGUUAAAGCAGAUAAAACAUCUUCACAGGAAACAGCUACCACCCAGCCAACACCACCACCACCACUCCCCCCACAACCAACAAUGCAAUAUCCCCCUUUCCCUCCUCCCCACCCCACAAUGCAAGGUGUAUUUCCCCCUCCCUUUAUGCAAGGUUGGCCUCCUUACCCCCCACCCCCACCACCUAUGCCCUUUGACCCUGCAACUUUACCUGGUAACCCAAACCUGUCUCCAUAUGCUGCAGCUUCAAGUUUCACUACAGAUAUGCUGACUCAACCUGUGACUGAAACAUCACCUCAGAUUUCUGCUAGUUCUUCUCAACAAGACACAUUGGAUAGUGCCCUUUCUUAUUUCAGGAAUAAUGCCAACUGAAAUAGAGGUAGAAAGGUAUUUUGUGACAUUGGCAAAGCAAAUGUUUAAUAUUUACCUUCACAUGGUGUAGCCCACAGAAACUACUGCUCUGUUUAUUCUUACUCAAACACAUUCAUGUACAUAUACGUAUAGUGACCAGCCCCUCCAGCUCUGACCUGC